AUGACUAAACUUUAUUAUCUGACGGGUGAAGGUGGGCCCUGCUGCUGCUGUGCUCUACUCCUUGAGGCUUGGAAUGAAUGCAAAGUUGCAGGGCUAAUCUGCAAAGGGGACAGGAACCAAGAAACUUCAGGGUUACCUGCUGAAAUUUUUGUCUUAAUAUUCAUCAAUGUCAUUUAUAACCAGUUAGCAGAACUUGUUGAAGAUGGAUGGAAAGCCGAGAGCCUGCCCACCGCCGGACCACCAGCCAGCACCAAGAGGACACGAAAGAGGAAGUCCUCCUCUCAGCUAAGGCCCAGAAGCCCUAAGAAGUGUCCCAAGAUACCGAAGAAGGGAAAAGCAACUCAUCGAGGGAGAGCCAGGAAGAAAAGUGCUCCAAAAAAGACCGCGGCUGUAAGAACACCUGAGGACGGGAGCGGGCCGGCACCAUCCGGCCCCAGUGUCCCGCUGAACCAGGAGCUCCCUCAGCAUGAGCUGCAGCCGGAGGCACCGAGUGAGGGGACCCAGCCAGAGGAAAAACUGAGUAAGGGGACCCAGCCGGAAGAGCAAGUGAAUGAGGGGACCCAGCCAGACCCACUGAGUGAGGGGACGCAGGCGGAGGAACAGAGUGAGGGGACACAGCCGGACCCACUGAGUGAGGGGACGCAGGCGGAGGAACAGAGUGAGGGGACACAGCCGGACUCACUGAGUGAGGGGACACAGCCGGACCCACUGAGUGAGGGGACGCAGGCGGAAAAACAGAGUGAGGGGACACAGCCGGACUCACUGAGUGAGGGGACACAGCCGGACCCACUGAGUGAGGGGACACAGCCGGACCCACUGAGUGAGGGGACUGCAACCAACUCCAUUCUCUCCCUGAGCAGCGAGUAACUUCAUGCCCAGCCCCGAGACCUAGGAGCCAUCGGAGGUCUGACCCAGAGAACUCACCAACAGGGUGCGCCCCAUGGUGAAAAUAAAAUGAAUCUGUUAAAGAGAGAGAGAGACAGAGAGAGAGAGAGAGAGAACUCCGUCACCACUUUUUUCCCGGAGUCCCCACCGCUUCCGACACUAUCUUUUUCUCUAGCGUUCUGCUGUUGUGG